AUGCUCAUCAUCUGUGCUGUGAUCGGGCUAUAUGCAAGCACCACGCUAGCCUCUCUCCCCAUUUGUUCAAAGUGUCCAGCAGCUGGCCACUGGUCAAGGUGGGAAGACUAUACGAGCUGUACAGGCACGUGUGGUUUAUUCGGAAGAAAAGUUCAAAAGAGGACGUGUCUCUCAUGGAAAUGGGGAUGUCCAUGCAAGGGACCAUAUUCUCGAACAAGACCAUGUGCUCCGAAGCCAUGUCCUGAUGGCUCGAAUGCCUGUGCUGAGGGAUAUUCACUCUACCCCAACUCCAAACUCAAUCAAGUUCUCUGUGGAAAUGUGUCUCUGCCGAGUGACUAUGUGAUGCCAAAGUGUCGAAUCACAAAAGUCCUCGCACACUGUGCUUUUCCAAAUCUUGGCAUUUGGAGUGGCUGGAAAUCGAUGGCACCAUGCACGGCAACCUGUGGACUCAACGGAAUGGUCACUCAGAACAGAACUUGCUUGUCUCAAAGCAAAGGCCACAAAUGCACCGGCUCCUCAACAAGAACGAUUCAUUGUCCCAAACUCGCCUGUCCAGGAGAUGUGUGUGCAUUGGACACAAAAGCGGUGACGAAUCUUGUGACUGGCAAAAGGCUUUGCGGUGUCGGCCUGCCCCAGGAUCCCGUUUUGCAAAUGCCCUUAUGCACGACAACAACCAAAAAGGCUACGACAAGGGCCACAACGAAGACAACGAAGAAGCCGACCACAAAGACCCCAGCUCUACCGUGCUUCACUCAUUAUGCCUCAUCCACAAAAUAUGCGAAUUGUGCCGCUGUUGGUGCUGGCUUCAAAGCUGUUGGUGGAUCGUGUUACAAGGCAAUUUAUGUGAAUGCCGAUUAUGCUGGAGCAAGAGCCAAAUGUAAGGCUGCUCAUGUGGAUGCGGACUUGGCCACGAUUCGAUGUGAUGCGGAGAACACGGGAGCUUCUGGUGUUGUGUCGGCUGCUCUGAAGACUCAAUGUUUAUCGUUUGGAGAGUUCUUCCACAGUCAACUGUUGUUGGGAAUCAAUAAUGUGACAAGAACUAGUGGAAUUUCCUGGACGAAUGGAGCCAAUACGACUUAUCGCAACUGGGCCCCAGGAGAGCCAAACGGAAGUCCGGUCGAUGCAGUCAGCAGUGCAACGCUCUACAUUGCGUCAACAAAUCCAGCUGGUGGAGUGACGUAUCCACUGGGAAAAUGGGAAAACACGCCACCAGAUUGGGUGGUUUGUGCUGCUCUCUGUGAAGUGAUCACGGCAAAGACGGGAACUGGUUGUGGAUUGCGGCCGUGUACCGCGGCGACAAAAACGACAACCACAAAGAAAACGACAACAACCACAACUACGACCACAACGACACCAGCGCUACCAUGUGUCACAACUUCGGUACCCACCACAACCUAUGCCGAUUGUGCAGCUGUUGGUGGUGGCUUCAUUGAUGUCGGUGGAUCGUGUUAUCAAGCAAUCUUCAUCAAUGACUCUUACAUUGGUGGAGCUAGAGCCAAAUGUCAGGCAUUGAAUCCCAAUGCUGACUUGGGCACGAUUCGAUGUGAUUCGGAGAAUACAGGAGUUGCCAAUCUUGUACCAGCUGCUUUGAAGACUCAAUGUUCAACGUUUGGAAAUUUCUUUUAUAGUCAAAUGUUAUUGGGAAUUAACAAUGUGACAACGACGAGUGGGGUUGCCUGGUCAAAUGGUGCCAACUCGACUUAUCGAAACUGGGCCCCAGGAGAGCCAAACGGAAACAGUCCAGCAGAAACAGAUGCAGCCAGCAGUGCAACGUUCUACAUUGCGUCCACAGAUCCAGCUGGUGGCACGUAUCCGCUGGGACAAUGGGAAAACAUGCUACCAACUUGGGUGGUUUGUGCGACUCUCUGUGAAGUGAUCACGGCAAAAACCGGAAAUGGUUGUGGCUUCUCACCGUGCCAGAAUGGUCCG